UAACAGAAAUGAACUGAUAAUGUCACAAACAUGUCAAACAUUUUAUGCAGUUUUUAUUGAGAAUUUUUAUUGCAGAAAGAGAAGAUAUGUUUUCGGGGGAGGUAGGGUUAAGAAGGGGAGUUGUUAACAAAUCUAUUUGCUUCUGAAGCUUUUAUACAAAAAAAAAUCUCUGCAGAUUAAGUCUCUUCCUUGUUAACUGUUUUUACAUCAGCUGAAGGUCCAACUUUUGUUUUUCACUCCUUCCUUCUGUUGACAUGAACCUUUUGAUCCGGACUCUCCCUCCGCUCCUCCAGCAGCCUUCACUGUCUAAAAACAACAACAACUUUGAAUCUUCUAAGGACUUUUGUUAAUUAGCUGGUCUGAUUUAGACCUGAACUGAACACAUAAUAAAGGAAAUAGUAAAAUAAUAACAGCACUUUGCUCCUUUCAGUUUUUCUUUAAUUUGUUUGCUAUUUAAGAAAAUGUUAAAUCUGGUGAUAUCAAUAAAAUAUUGAAUGACCAAAACAUCCCUAUUAAAUAUUCAAUUCUUUGACAAGAAAUGUUUAAGCUUCAAUUUUGUUUUAUCAGGAAAGAAAUAAUGCGAUGUCAUUGUAGGUAAGUAGAGCAAAACAGUACUGUUGCGCCCUUGUUUCUUUAUUUCUUCAUUUUUUUAUUUUGCAUUUCAAAGCUCAGCUAACAUCCCAAAAUCUGAAGACCAGCAAACACACUUUUAACUGUUUGCUGGUCUUCAGAUUUAGAUCAGUACAGUAACUUAAUACCUGAUGUCUUGACAUGACCUUGGUAAUGCAGUCGCUGGCUAACACAAGUUAUUUGUAGUUCUACGGUUGUUCAUGCCUUGUUCUGUUUUUACAGGUUGCAUGCAGAAAAGUUCCAACAACAAGAUGCAAAUAAGAACUCAGAGAAAAUGGCAGACAGGGUGGCGACUUCAGCCUGCUAGAUAAUAUAUAGGUGGAUCACUCUGAAUAUUGAGCCAGGGCAGCAUUUUAAAAGCUCUGUGUUGUCUGACAGGAAAUUAUAUCACUCAAAGUCCAGCUGAGCAAAGUGUCUUCCUGCUUCAACACCUCUAAGUCAGUAACUUCGAUAAAAACAUGACAAGGAAGAUAUGUGUGAGCAUCUUCCUGCUGCUCAUCUUCCACUACAUCUGUGGUCUAAGAGAGUGGAAAGUUAUAUACUAUAGUGAAGAAAAGAGUUGGCGAGAAGCCCAGUCCAGCUGCAGGGAGAAGCACCUUGAUCUGGUCACAAUCAGAAAUGAAGAACAACAUAAUCUGGCUCUAUACAAUGGCUGGAUUGGAUUGUACCAAGACAAGGAUGGAAGUCCAUGGAGAUGGUCCUUUGGAGACGAAAUGCCAACUUUUUCAAAGUGGUGGUCUCCAGAACACAAUGUAAACCAAACCUGCGGCUAUAUGAAGUCUUCGACCAAGAAGUGGGAGGAUGACUUCUGUUGGUUUAAACGCUACUACAUAUGUUAUGAAGAGAAACUGGUUCUGGUGAAGGAAAACAAAACAUGGGACGAGGCAUUAGAGCAUUGCAGGUCUCUGAGCAGAGCGCUAAGCUACAACCUGGCAACCCUCAUCACCACCGACGACCACGACUUUGCACGAGAAAAAGCCCAAAGCGCUGACACUGAGGAGGUGUGGACGGGCCUGCGUUACCUUGGUGAUGAGUGGUUCUGGGUGGGUGGAGAACCGGUGCAGUACCAGAAAAUUCCAAGCUGCCCGGGUGAGAGAUGUGGAGUCCUGGAGAAGAACAGCAACUCAUCCUUCAGCAUCAGAGACUGCAAUGAGAGAAGGAACUUCUUCUGUUACACGAAAAAACCUUAAUGCUACAAAAAGUUCAUCUUCGCCUGACUAACCGUACUGUUAGCAAAACGUAUGAUCUCUUAGAAACACUAGAAUCUCUGCAGCUGUUUGAUGGUUAAAAUCUAUAUAUUCGUAGGAGCUUCCUGUUACAAAAAUCCUGAAAACCCCUGAAAGUCUGAUGACAUCAUCUCCUCCUAUUAUUUUUAUGAAAAAUACUCACCUAUUAGGAAUUAAAUUAUGGCCUCUUACAGCCUUUAUUUAAAGAGCACUUUGAGUUGCAGAUGAACAAAAAUUCCAAAUAAAUGAAUGAAAAAAGAUCUGUACUUUAUUUUUAUUUCCCAUUAUCAAUUCAUUAUUUAGAGUAUCUGGAGAGUAUCUAUUGUAUGACAUUUGAAGGAUUAUUGCAUAACACCAGUAAACUGUGGUCCGAUAGUAUACUUUUACUUUUAAAGUUUUUGUCAAUAUGAGGAACUCCUGAGUCAUAAUAAAGGGCCUUCACUCAUUUAUGAAAACAUCAAAUUUAAAGAAAUAUAUUUAAUUGACUUAUGUAUUAUUGGUUUUUGUGUUCGUAUUCAUAUGCUAAUGCUGUUGUGCACUUUUAAUUGUAGAAUCUGAACAUUUUUUUAAAUUACAGGAUUAAUGAUUAAAAUUAGUUUAACUGACUUCAGACAUAAAGCCUGUUUCUCUGAGGUUCCUGUCGACGCUGUCAGAUGCCUUCUCACCUGCCU